AUGUCCAAAAAAGGGGAAAAAUUAACGGGUUCACCGAACACAUUGCUGAACUAUUUUGGCCGCUCGCCGGCAAGCAGCAAGAAUUCCCCCAAACCGUCCACACCAACCAGCGCCCUAGCGAGGCAAGUUUCUCAACGUGCCGGCACAGACUCCGGCGAUAGUACACCGAAAAGCAAGUUCGCGUUUAGGAAAGAGCAAACCUCGGUCGGUAAAGAAUCGAUAGCGAAACCAGCGCAAACGGCCAAUGCCGCCAACGACGAUGAGGACGAGAUUGUAGUCCACAAGAAGCGGCGUCGUGUCAUAAAUUUCGACGAUUCGGAAGACUCGGGAGAUGGCGAGGACCGCGUAAAGGCGCCAGCUAAGAAUGGUUCCGUUAAGGGCGUCAAUAAUAACAAUGAAACCGAAAACGACCAUCAAAAGGCAUCGGAAAAGAAAUCGUUCGAUCUGUCAUCGUUCGAGCGAACCGACGAAGACGAUGAUAGCGAGGGAACGAAAAAGUCCGUGAAGGAGGACGACGAUUCCUCCGGUGGUCCUGCACAAAAGAAAAUCAAGCUGGAAGAGAAGUUUAAUCUCGGCCAGGACGAUCAGGAGCUAACCUCAGCGUUGGAAGAACGCACGUGGAGCCACCAGAAACUGGACUUUCUGAAGCCGAACAAAAUUAAAGACAUCCAGGGCAACCGCCCGGACAGCGAGAAGUACGACGGUAGAACGCUGUUCGUACCAGAACCGUUUCUGGGCUCGCUCACACCCGCCAUGCGUCAAUGGUGGGAGGUCAAGAGCAAACACUUCGAUUGCGUGCUGUUUUUCAAGGUUGGCAAAUUUUACGAACUGUACCACAUGGACGCCGAAGUCGGCGUAACGGAGCUCGGGUUCAGCUUCAUGAAGGGCGAGUUUGCACACUCCGGAUUCCCGGAGCAGGCUUACGAUCGCAUGUCGAGCACGCUGGUCGAGAAAGGCUAUAAGGUGGCCCGGGUGGAGCAAACGGAAACGCCCGAGAUGAUGCAGGACCGGUGCAAGGCCCAGCGGACCAACAGCAAGUACGAUAAGGUGGUGCGCCGUGAGGUGUGCCAGAUUACGGUGAAGGGCACGGAAGUGUACGGCCAGCAGGUGCGCAUUACGACCAAUCACCAGCCGCGCUACAUGAUGGCGAUCGUGGAAGCGGUUCGUCCGGGGGCCGGCAGUCGGUACGGUGUGUGCUUCAUCGACACCUCGAUCGGACUGUUCCAUCUCGGCGAUUUCGAUGACGACAAUCAACAAUCGCGGCUGCUGACACUGCUCUCUCACUAUCCACCGGUGCUGCUUCUGCACGAACGUUCCGCCACCGGAUUUUCGGAGGGUACGCAGCGGAUUUUCAAAACGCUUCUCGCGAACGUACCACGCGAGGCACUGACAAGCAACAGUCAGAUGUGGUCUGGCGAAAAAACGUUGAAAUAUUUGGCAGAAAAGUUCUACGGUGGCACCUCGGGUGAAGCCUCCCAGUGGCCAUCGGUACUUCGGUCUCUGGUGGACGAGUCCGACAGCCUCGGACUGACACCGAAACAAUCUUCUCUGCUGGCGAUGAAAGCACUGGGAGGAUGCGUGUGGUACCUUCAACGGUGUCUCCUCGAUCAACAGGUCAUGCCUUUGGCCACCUACGAACAGUACAUCCCGCUCGAUGCGCAACCCGAUCGUGAGGCUCCCGCAAAAGAUCGUGUCCGCGCGGCGAACGCGAACCGAUUCAUGGUGCUCGAUUCGAUCACCCUCAAAAACCUAAAGAUCGUCGGUGACGAGAACUCGUUGGUGCAGAAAAUGGACCAUUGUUGUACUAAGUUUGGCAAACGAUUGUUCCACCAUUGGGUGUGUGCGCCGAGCUGCGAGCGUGAAGUGAUCGUCGAGCGACAGCAAGCCGUCGGGGAGCUGAUCGAAGACAAUGCGCUGCUGCAGGAUGUGCGGCAGUUGCUCGGCCAGCUACCCGAUCUGGAGCGUUUGGUGGUGCAGAUCCAUGGCUUUGGCAAUGCGCGGUGCAGCCGUAACCAUCCGGCCGGGCGAGCGAUCCUGUACGAGGAGCACACGUAUGGCAAGAAAAAGAUUGGCGAUUUUGUUGCGACACUGAGCGGGUUCCGCUCGCUGCUCGCUCUUCCGACGCUUUUCUCCGGUGCCGGAUCGGUGCUUCUUAAGCGCCUAACGCAACCCAAGUCCCGAAACGGCGCAUUCCCGUUAGAUACGAUGCAGAAGCAGGUGACGUUCUUCGAGAGCGCAUUCGACCACGAGCAUGCCCUGAAGAGUGGUGUAAUCGCACCGGAGAAGGGAGUGGACACCGAGUACGAUACGGUCGAGCGGGAUAUUGAGGACCUGAAGCGCGAACUUGAGGAGUACCGUGCCGAGCAAAGCAAGUACUUCGGAUGCACGGUCGAGUAUCAUGGGAACGAUAAGAAACGCUUCCAGCUGGAGGUACCCGAGGCACGCGCAAAAAAAGCCAGGAGCGAGUAUUCGCUAGAGGGAACGAGGGGGGGCAAAAAUGCGGUCAAGCGAUUCCACACAGACGAGACGCGCCAGUUCCUCAAGCAGAUGAUACAGUACGAGGAUAAACGGAAGGCGGUCCUGAAGGAUCUGUCCCGUAGGAUCUUUGAAAAGUUUUCCCUCGAGUACGGCACCUGGAAGUCGUGUGUGGAACUGGUGGCCACCCUCGAUGUGCUCACGUCGCUCGCCGAGUACGCUCGAUCAGAGGGGGUCACGUGUGUGCCGGAGUUACUGGAAAAAGCCUCACCGAAUGGGAAGCCACUCAUCGAGAUCGAGGAAGGCAUUCACCCGUGCGUUGGCAGUGACGUGGCGGAACGAUACAUUCCGAACGGAAUUGAAGUUGGCGACGAAGGCAGGGCGACCCUGGUGCUGCUAACCGGUCCCAAUAUGGGCGGUAAAAGUACGCUGAUGCGGCAGGUCGGUUUGCUGGCCGUGAUGGCACAAAUGGGUUCGCGCAUUCCGGCCCAAAGCUGCCGGAUGACGAUCAUCGAUCGCAUCUUUACGCGUCUCGGUGCGAGCGAUGAUAUUAUGGCCGGACACAGCACCUUCCUGGUGGAGCUGAACGAAACGUGCGCCAUAUUGAGGCACGCGACAGCGGACAGCUUGGUGUUGCUCGAUGAGUUAGGCCGUGGAACGGCUACGUACGACGGUACGGCCGUUGCCGCUUCGGUCGUACACUUCCUGGCGGAUCUUCAGUGUCGCACGAUAUUUUCAACGCAUUAUCACAAUCUGGUGGACAGUUUCCAGGACGAUCCUCGCAUCACUCUCGGCCAUAUGGCCUGCAUGGUGGAGAAUGAAGACGGCGAUGACCCGACGCAGGAAACGGUUACGUUCCUGUACCGCUACAGUGCCGGAGCUUGCCCGAAAUCGUACGGCUUCAACGCGGCCAAAUUGGCCGGGAUGCCAGCUGCUAUCAUCAAACGAGCGUACGAGCUCUCCAAAACGGUCGAAGCGGAUGCACUGAAGCGUAAAAUCAUGAUGAAGCUAGUGAAAAAUGCGCCCCAGCAAGAGAUAAGGGAUCUCGUCGUCAAGCUGAAAAGCUGCCAAUUUUAA